AUGGGAAACAUCUGCUCCCGCUCAAAAAACGAACCCGAACCCUUCUCCCGUCCCGGUCGCGUCCUGGGCUCCAAUCCCCCUCCCCCUUCUGCGGGUGCUCCUGGAGGGAAGAAACCCGCCGGCCCGCGCGCCCCGCUCCCCGCAAACUCCAAAUCCAAUUUCGGCUCCCCGGGGAGGACCUUAGGGGAUGCCGACGACGCCGGUGGUCAGAACUCCGAUGCUCGUACUAAUGCAGCUUUGGCGGCGCAGAAACGCGCAGAGUCCUCGACUCCAGUCGGAAAGGGUAAACUAGGAUCGAAAUUGGCGGCGCAGAAGGCUCAGACACAGACGCAGACCUUGAAUGAGGUUAGUCACGACGAGAGAGCAGCGAGGGAUGCGGACGACGCGGCGAAUACGAGACGCUGGGAGUGA